GUGAAGACAAGAGGGUAGCAACAGUUGCCCCGGUGAAGGCGAGGCGCCAUAGUCGCGGUAGUCCUGGCGACAAGAACCAAGCAACACCACUCAACAACUCAAAUUAAAGAAUUAGUGGUCACCAUGGCAACUUCUGGAUAUUCAGAAGACCUUCAGCCACAGCAGUCAAGCAGCAUAACCAUAGCAACGCCUUCCGUCACCACACCCACUGUGAAGACUGGACACUUACUGACCGAGAUGCUGUUAACUUCUGGAUCAGCGACCCAUCCGUCGCCUGCUCUGAAGUCGGGAGAGGAUGCUCUUUGUUCCCGGCCUCUGACUGCAACUCAUAGCCAGAAUCCGGGGGUUCUGGCCACUGCCACCCGGCAGUUCGUGGCACCCCAAAUUCAACACUCUCCUGUCCAGACAAAUAGUGGCCAGAACAUCUCUCCUCAGUACAUCAUAGUGACAGUGAAAGAAGGUUCCGCUCAAUCCAAUGAUAGUUUGUCAGAUGCCAGUCCGACUGCACCGGUGCCGACAAACCCACAGGGCGAGGCGUCGGUUUACUCCGGUCAGGUACAGUUUGUGGACGGAGGAGGAGGAGGCAGCUCGUCUUAUACGCCGCCUAAUGUCCGACCCAGCAAGUUCCCAUAUUCCGACCCCCUGCUGUACCCUCAGGCCACACCCACGUCCUCCGCCAGCUACUAUGAUGCCACACCCAGCUCCAACUCCGACAUCAGUGGGUCCUUGGCUUCACAGCCAGUGUCAGUGGCAGCAGCGGGGUCCAAUGGCGGGGGCGCUCCUGGAGGCGGAGCCGGCUAUGCCAUUCAGUCGUCGUACAUGUUAGGAGGAGGGGGAGGAGGAGGAGUUCAGAGUUUUUCCAAUCCGAAUUCCCGCGCCCCACCUGCUACGGUGCAGUGGCUGUGUGAGAACUACGAGGGGGCGGAGGGGGUGAGCUUGCCCCGCUGCACCCUCUACUACCACUACCUGCUGCACUGCCAAGAGCAGAAGCUGGAGCCUGUAAAUGCUGCGUCUUUUGGCAAACUCAUCCGCUCCGUCUUCAUGGGGCUUCGCACUCGGAGGCUGGGGACCAGAGGGAACUCCAAAUACCACUACUAUGGUCUUCGGAUCAAAUCGGGCUCCCCUCUGCUGAGAUUGAUGGAUGAACAGCAGCACAUGGCGAUGAGGCAGCAGCCUUUAUCUCAGAAGAGCAGGCAAAAGUUGGUUCAGAAGAUGCAAGGGGUGAGCAACGGCACGACUGGAGGCACCGCUCAGCAGCAGGCCGCCGGACUGACGGACAUCUCUGCUCAGGUUCAGCUCUACCAGCAGUUCAUGCAGUCAACUCGGCCGCUGCCAGAGUUCCCAGAGAUGGACCUGCGCGAUCACAAGCUGCCUGAUGGGAUUCUUCUGGAGCAUCUCAAGGCGUUCCAGGCCUAUUACAGAGAACACUGUGAGGCCAUUCUUGACGUGAUGGUCAACCUGCAGUUCACUCUGGUGGAGACGUUGUGGAAGUCCUUCUGGAGAUUCAGCCAAAGUGGAAACACAGACUCGCUGAGCCUCCACAACGAGUCUGAGAAGCGUCUGCCCAAGUCCUACCUGGUGCUGCUGUGCAAGUUUGAGCCGGUGCUGCGCUGGACCAGGGAGUGUGACAACCUGCUCUACCAGACACUGGUGGAGAUCCUCAUCCCUGAUGUGCUCAGACCCAUUCCCAGUGCCUUAACUCAGGCGGUCCGUAACUUUGCCAAGAGUCUGGAGAGUUGGCUGUCUGGCGCCAUGAUGAACAUCCCAGAGGAAAUGGUUCGCCUGAAGGUGGCGUGUGUCUGUGCCUUCUCCCAAACGCUGCGGCGCUACACCAGCCUGAACCAUCUGGCUCAGGCGGCUCGAGCCGUCCUGCAGAAUUCAGCCCAGAUAAAUCAGAUGCUCUCCGACCUCAACCGGGUGGACUUCACCAACGUGCAGGAGCAGGCGUCCUGGGUGUGUCAGUGUGAGGACCGUGUGGUGCAGCAGCUGGAGCAAGACUUCAAAGUGACCCUGCAGCAGCAGAACUCUCUGGAGCAGUGGGCCACCUGGUUGGAAGGGGUCGUCUCUCAGGUCCUCAAACCUUACGAGAACAACCCUGCGGCUCUACCGAAGGCUGCCAAGGUCUUUCUGCUCAACUGGUCCUUCUACAGCUCCAUGGUCAUCCGUGACCUGACCUUGCGCAGCGCUGCCAGUUUCGGUUCCUUCCACCUGAUCCGCCUGCUGUACGACGAGUACAUGUACUUCCUGAUCGAGCACCGCGUCGCUCUGGCCAAGGGGGAGACCCCUAUUGCUGUCAUGGGAGAAUUCUCCAGCGCCGCACGCAGCCGUACCAGCCGGGAUCUGGAGAAAGAUGAGGAAGAGGAGGAGGAGGAUGAGGAGAGCGAAGAUGACGGGGCAGACCUGGUGAUGCAGUCCAGUUCUCUGAGCAGACUGGAGGAGGAAGAGAAGGAGGGGCCUCCAGUGAAGCAGCCCAGGACCAGCCUGACCCUGCACACGCUGACCGAAACGCACAAUGCAAGCCCCUGAGAAAUUCAUGCCAAGCAACAAAUGCGCUUUAUUUUCCCUCAUGAGCUCUUCAUGUUAGUCUAGUGACUGUCGGGGAGGGAGGUGGAAGGUCUGUCGCCCCUCUCCUGUGCCUUCCACUCAGUCUUGGCUGCUCAAUAUUUAUUUCCUUCCUGCCUUAACUUCUGACCCGUCUGCUGCAGAGAUUGUUGCUGCUCUGGAAACCCAGGUCCGCUCUAUGCAGAGGAGCAGCAUUGAUAUCUUUGAAACAUUUUCUCAUCAGUGUUCCCCCAUAUGAAUGUGCCUCAGAGAUUUUUAGCAGCUUGAUGUCUGCCCUGUUCAGUGGAUCAAUGAAUUAAAGCUCU